AUGAGGAAAGCUCUGCUUUGCUGCAAUUCAAACGAAGUUUUUUUUCUGGACGCAUCUGCUUCGCUGUACGCUGGCGCUUAUCCAAAGCUUUUAUCAUGGAAACCAGCUGAAGGAGCAAAUAGCAGCUGCUGCUCAUGGGACGGCGUCAAAUGUGAUGUGCAGACGGGUCAUGUGAUUGGCCUUCAGCUUAGUAGCAGUUUUCUCUACGGCUCCAUCAACUCUAACAGCAGCCUCUUCCGUCUUGUUCACCUUCGGAGACUAAACCUUGCUGAUAAUCACUUCAACUACUCUCAAAUUCCUAGUAGCAUUAGGAAUUUUCCAAGGCUCACUUAUCUCAACCUCUCCGCCUCUGUCUUUUCUGGUCAAGUCCCAUAUGAAGUUUCACACUUGUCCAAGUUGUCAUCCCUUGAUCUGUCUCUCAAUCUUGAUAGAUUUUCCGGUCAAGGAUUGUUGGAACUCCAUCCAUCCAAUAUGAGAAGUCUAGUUCAAAACUUAACUAGCCUGGAAAAGCUUCAUCUCAGUUUCGUAAACAUUUUUUCGACAGCUCCCAAUUCCGUGGCAAAUUUAUCAUCCUUGACAUCUCUCCUCCUAAGAGAUAGUGGGAUGUUUGGCGAAUUCCCAGUAAGAAUUUUCAGUUUACCAAACUUAAAAACUCUGAGUGUGAGAUACAACCCUGAUCUUACUGGUUAUUUGCCUGAAUUUAAUCAAACUAGUCCUCUCAUGUCACUUUUACUUGCCAGCACUAGUUUUUCUGGACACCUGCCUUCUUCGAUAGAAAAGCUUGGUUCAUUAAACGAGCUAGAUGUGAGUAGAUGCAAAUUCAAUGGUCCAAUCCCUGCUUCAUUGGCAAACCUUACCCAUCUUAGAUAUCUGUCACUUUCUCAUAAUAACUUUAGUGGCGGUUCCUUGUCUUGGGUUGGUAAACAAACCAAACUCACUCUCCUGGAGCUUGGAAAUAUGAGUUUAACUGGUUCCAUUCCGUCUUCCCUUGGAAACCUCACCGAACUCAGUUUUCUUAGUCUUCUUUAUAAUCAAUUAGUUGGUCCAAUCCCAUCAUGGCUAGGCAACCUCAGCAGACUAACUGAGAUAGAGCUUACUUUCAAUAAAUUGAACGGUUCGGUUCCUGAGUCACUAUCCAAUCUGGUUGAUCUCAAUCUCCUUUAUCUACAAGGAAACAGUCUAAGUGGUAGACUGGAGUUCCACAUGUUUCUUAAGUUACAAAAUCUCACCCGCCUCCAGCUAUCUAACAACAAAUUGGAGCUGCUCACUGAAUCCAGAAUCAUUAGUAAUCAAACUGUUCCGAAGUUUAGGAUUCUAGGAUUGGCAGCCUGCAACAUGCAGAGUUUCCACAUUUCUUAA